AAAGCACCAGGGCGCUGGCAUUUCCAGCCGGAUGGAUGCCCGUCCCAGGCAGGGCUCGGGAAGGACAGUUGCCCCCCUCUGGAGGCCCUGGCGGGAUUCAGGUGCUGAUAGCAGGGUGUGGGGCCCAGAGGCUUCCUUGGGGACCAAAGUCAACCAGGCUCUGGUCAGGACGUGUCCCUUGGAUCAGAUGGCUGACGGAGCGGCUCCUGGGUGCCGGAUGCCGCUGCAUGUCAGCGCUACGGUGCCACAGGCAGGGAGAUUAAAGCUUUGCAGAGGCUUGAAUCUCAGCGUGGAACCCUGACCCCGCCUGUAGGAAGAGGACGUACUUUGGUAAUGCUCACAAGUUUUAUAGUUUGCCCCCUAAAAAAGUUCAUAAAAAGACUCUGCAGCUUCCUGUUUUGCUGCUGUAAUAAAGCCCUGAAAUUACAAGAUAAAUAUCAGGGAAGGGGCGCUCUCUGGGAGUCAUCCCAUGACGGUUGAAAGCCACCGCCCGUGUUAAUCAUUUGCCAAGAGCCUGCGACGCAUUUUGUUAGCCGGCUCACUCUUUCCUACACGGCGUAGCUUCAGUCCCAGGGGCCCUGUGGGGCAGACAGGUGUCGCUCCCAACUUAUCAAAGGCCUCUGGAAUAGGGUCCUGUUGCCAGGCUUCUGGCCACGACAGUUGCUCAGCUGCAUUUCCCCCCAAGCCGUUGUCCGGAAAGUAAUUAAAAGAGCAUUUCUUUUUCCUGUUUUGCUGUCUGCUGAAUUCCCGAAGUCUGCUAAGCGGCAGCAUUGCUGAGCACAACGUCAGCUUGCUUGUCGGAUGCCGCCCGGGAGGGGCGAGGGGCGGCCAUGGAGAGCUGUGAUGGAGGCUGUGCCGCGCCCCCCCACGUGCCUUUGGCUGAUGCCAGCCUGGAUCUCGUUGCUGUGGCCAAGUGGACUUGCCUCUGGGGCAGCGCUGCAGCCCGGGGCGGAGCCCUGCGGGGACGCCCGUUGCCCCGUGGCGCUGACCUGGGCGGUGCGCUUGGCUGUGCCCGAGGGAUUGCCUUCCUUCGAGCGGGAGCUGGACUGGCGGGCGGAGCAGCUGGCGAAGGAGGCCGGCCUCGUGAACAUCGGCCGGAUCGGUGAACUCAAAGGCCACUACCUCUUUGGCUACCGGCUGGCAAGCCCCCCCGCGGAUCCAGGCCUCGAGGCCGUCCAGCGCUCGGCGGAGGCGCUCUUCGCGCGGCACGACGGCGUGAGGUGGCACGCCCAGCAGAGCCUGCUCAAGCGCUCCAAGCGCAGCCUGCACUUUAACGACCCCAAGUUCCCCCAGCAGUGGCACCUGAACAAUCGCAAGAGCCCCGGGAUGGACAUCAAUGUGACGGGCGUGUGGGAGAGGAACGUGACGGGCCAGGGCGUGACGGUGGUGGUGGUGGACGACGGCGUGCAGCACACCGUCAAAGACAUCCAGCCCAACUAUAGCCCUGAAGGCAGCUACGACUUGAACUCCAACGACCCGGACCCCAUGCCCCACCCGGAUGAGGAAAACGGCAACCACCACGGGACCCGGUGUGCCGGGGAAAUUGCGGCCGUCUCCAACAACAGCUUCUGUGCCGUGGGAGUGGCCUACGGGAGCCGCAUCGCAGGGAUCCGCGUGUUGGACGGGCCGCUCACUGACAGCAUGGAGGCCGUUGCUUUCAACAAGCACUACCAGAUCAACGACAUCUACAGCUGCAGUUGGGGUCCGGACGACGACGGCAAAACGGUGGAUGGCCCUCACCAGCUCGGGAAGGCUGCCUUGCAGCACGGGGUGAUCGCCGGCCGCCGGGGCUUCGGCAGCAUUUUUGUGGUGGCCAGUGGCAACGGAGGCCACCACAACGACAACUGCAACUACGACGGCUACGCCAACUCCAUCUACACCGUCACCAUCGGCGCUGUGGACGAGAUGGGCUACAUGCCCUUCUACGCCGAGGAGUGUGCCUCCAUGCUGGCCGUGACCUUCAGCGGUGGCGACAGGCUGAUGAGGAGCAUUGCCACCACGGACUGGGAUUUGCAGCGGGGCACGGGGUGCACGGAAGGCCACACGGGCACCUCCGCUGCGGCCCCCUUGGCAGCCGGCAUGAUCGCCCUCAUGCUGCAGGUGCGCCCCUGCCUCACCUGGCGGGAUGUCCAGCACAUCAUUGUCUUCACAGCCACCAAGUACGAAGACCACCGCGCCAGCUGGGACACCAACCAGGCCGGACUCAGCCACAGCCACCAGCACGGAUUUGGCUUGUUGAACGCGUGGAGGCUGGUGAAUGCGGCCAAGGUCUGGGAGUCGGUCCCUUACUUGGCCUCCUACGUCAGCCCCGUCCUGAAGGAGAGCAGAGUCAUCCCCGCGGAGCCAGGGCGGCUGGAGGUGCUGUGGAACGUCACGGAAUCGGACCUGGACCUGUCCGGGAUGAGGACGCUGGAGCACGUGGCCGUCACGGUCACCAUCACGCACCCUCGCCGUGGUAACCUGGAGAUCCGCCUCCUCUGUCCCAGUGGCAUGGAGUCCUUGGUUGGGACGGCACGGAGCAUGGACACAGAUCCCAACGGCUUUGUGGACUGGACUUUCUCCACAGUGCGCUGCUGGGGCGAGGAGGCGCAGGGCACCUACCGGCUCGUGGUCCGUGACGUUGGGGACGAGGCACUACCACCAGCUGGCGUGCUGAAGCAGUGGCAGCUGACGCUCUACGGAUCCUCGUGGGCCCUCGCCGAGAUCCAGGAGCGGCAGAGGCUGCUGGAGGAGGCCAUGAGUGGCCGGUAUUUGGACAGCAGUUUCGCCUUGCCUUGCCCGCCUGGCCUGCGGAUCCCUGAGCAGGAGCCCUACACCGUCAGUGCCAACACCCUCAAGACGCUGAUGCUGCUGGGCUGCUUUGCUGUCUUCUGGACCUUCUACUACAUGCUGGAGGUGUUCUUGACCCGCCACAACAGCAGGGCCCUGGACCUGGUGGUCUGUGGCGGGGCCAGGCCCUGCCCCCACCCGUGGUCCUCCGAAGGCAGGACAGCCAAGAGCCUGGAGGAGGGGGCGGAGAUGGAGGAGACGGUCCCCUUGUACGGGGGCAAGGAGGCCGAGGCGGAGCCGCUCCCGCCGCGCGCCGGAAGCCCGGAGGGGGGCAAAGCCCGACGGGGCUCUGGGGACCGGCUGGCGGACUCUCCCAGGGCAGGAGCCGCCUACCUCACCCCUCGUGGCUUACUGGCGGCUGAUCGAGAGCACCAGGGAUGCUAAGGGCGCCGGCGGGCACCUCCUUCAGCCACUCUUGCCCCCCCGGGGUUCGGGGCUCGGCUCGGAGGCCUGACCAAGGAGCUGGAAGCCUGGUGGUCUCCCGGGCCCUUUUCUGCCUUUGGGGCCGGCGGGCCGGCCAUGCGCUCUCAUAGAACAGCUCUCCCCCCUCCGGUCCGGACUCCCCGGAGGGGACGGUCCAAGCGGAGCCUCAGCCUUUGAGGACGCCAUGUUGGCCUGUAGCUGCUGGGACUGCUGGGACUCGUGGGAGGGCAGACGCCGCACGCAGCCUGAGCACGGCGGUUGCUGGGCUGUGGCCUGGCCGUGGGACAGCCCCUGACCUGGGGGGAAGCACUUUUCGGAGCCCUGGCAGACGCCAGCCCCUGCCGGCCCACUGCCUCGCCCUGCUGCUGGGAAAUCCCCGUGCCCAAGAGGAGGCGCAGAUCCUGGGCUGAACGGAGCCUCUUUCAGGGCUGGGGCUUCCGCCGUUGCGCUUCGUGCUCCCUGGCGACCUCCCUCCCUCCCUCCUGGAGCCCACCUCCACCCCCACCCCCCGCGCUGCUGCCGAGGGGCAACUGAAGCCACGGCAGGCAUCGAGCGCGCUGCCUUGCUCCCCUUCCGGUCUGGCGCAACCCACGGGGCUGGGCUAGCCCAGCCCUCGCGAAGGACUGCGGGCUGUGCUCACUCUCGUAGGAUCACAGGAAUGGGCCUCCUUGCGGGGGCCGGGGCGGGGGCUGCAUGAGCCGCCUGCUGCUUAACUGGAGGAGGGAACGCCUGUGUCUUCUGGAGGCCUUUGCCACCUCUCCCAGUGUCGUCGUCUGGCUUGGGGUGGGGUUUUUUGAGUUGAUUUUGCUUUUUUAAAUUAACAUCAGAAGCUUUUCUUUGCGGCUUUCCAAAAUAAACCCAUUAAAACCAAA